GGUCCCUCUGAACGAGAACUUUUGAUGUACAUACUAAAAAACGAGCUGAAGUGCAGCGCUGAAAAUAUUGAUUAAUAAUUAUCUGCACAAACACAGAUAUAUUUGUUUAUAAAACAUGACUGAUCAACGGGGGACUAGAGUUUAUGUCGGUAAUUUAACUGAUAAAGUAAAGAAGGAUGAUUUGGAAGGCGAAUUUACAAAGUAUGGAAAGCUAAAUUCAGUAUGGAUUGCAUUUAAUCCGCCCGGAUUUGCAUUUGUUGAAUUUGAACAUCGUGACGAUGCCGAAAAGGCAUGUGACAUUUUAAAUGGUUCGGAGCUCUUGGGCUCACAAUUACGUGUGGAAAUUUCGAAGGGUCGUCCACGGCAAGGACGACGAGGAGGACCUGGAGAGAGAGGACGCCGCGGUGAUGUCGGCAGACACAGCAUUACAAGUAGCAGUAGCAACGGUGGAUUCCGGCAACAGAGAGGCUCCAGUAGCUCAAGCAGUCGCCAUUUGGAUCGCGGUUACAGUUCCGGCCGUUCAAGUACCGCGUAUGGCGGUGCUAGAGAUGGCGGCAGCAACGGAUUCAAUCGUCGCGACAUAUACAACGGAACGCGAGAAAGUAGUCGUUAUGGCGGUGGAACCAGUUCUAGCUAUAGUCGCAGCGGAGGGCAAAGUGGUGGACGAUUUAGGUCUCGGUCCCCAGUUGCUAAUCAUCGUUUCUAAACCAUAUAAUUUGAAGAUGUUAAUAGAAAAAUAUUAAAUGUCUGUGCGAUAUUGAUACAACCCAGUUAUCAUAUAAAAUCAUUGCUAAUAUGUACAUACAUAUACUAAACACAAAUAUUAAGAUUUGGUUUUAAAUCAGCAAGAAAUUCAUCUAUUAAAACAUAUUUCUAUGCUAGGACAUCAGCUUUCGAAUACUAUUUAUUUUACUUACAAAUUGCAUCAAACGAAAUUUUUAUAUAUUCAAAUUUAAGAACUAAAUUAGCCAACUAUUAAAAAUAAUUAAGUUACAUAUAUUUAAUGAAAAAUACGGACUAAGUUUUUGGAAACUUAGAAUUCAAGAGCAAAAUAAAAAUGUCUAAAGUCGUAAAUGAUAUUAAAA